AGGCUGGUUAAGUGUUUUGUGCGUAACAGCCGCCUCGGUGCCACGUCGGGGGGCUGGUGGCGGCAGCGCAGCUCACCGCGCUCGGGCGGUAAAUUCAUCUGCUCGGUGCCGGUCCGUACAAGCCGCGCUUAGGAGCGAUGGCAUUUUCAGCUCUGCAUCCCGGCACCGACACCCGGGAAUUGGGUACUUUGGAUUUUUUUCUGCUUCCGUGAGAGUUCCCAGGUGUGACCCACCGUCCCGUGGCCCGGGUCGUGUGUGCUGACACAGGGCAGCGGCUGCCUGGGUUGUGGGAACCUCUGGGCUUCAGGAGCACCAUGGCAGCUCUUCUGCCAGAAAGUAAAUGUCCCUGGGAACCCAAACUCAACCUUUCUCUGGAGCCAGGAGUGAGUUCCUUCAGACUCUGACUGGAAACGAAUGGGGUAAAGCUCGUAUUUGUGUGGCAAUUGGGUACCUGGAUGCAGAUGGGACAGACGAGUAGUCACCACUUGCACAUGACUGCCUUUCUUGCAAGGAAUAAACGAUACAGAAAUUAAGUUGCUUUUCAGUUGUUUUGUAGAAGGUAACAAUCAUAGAGAAGUACUACAGAACACGGGUAUACUGCUGUGCUGUAUAGAAGCCUUUUUUUUUUAGGAUUUUUUUUCAGACUUUAGUUUUUUAAAAUAUCAGCUCUCCUAAAUGUUUAAUAAUGACUGCCACAGGAAUGCAGGAAACAACAAAAGUAGUGAGCUCUGACCUUUAUCAAUAUUUUUUCUCCCUUACGGUGGUGCACCUGGAUGGUGUGACCAGUCCUGACCAGUUUGCUGGAUGCUGCUCAGGGUGUGCUGUUCUCUACCUGUGUAAAUGGCAAAUGCUGUCAGUCUUCAGCAUGGCCAAAAUCCAGGUGAGAGAUUUGAGGCCUAAUCCUGCAAACCUUCCUUGCACAAGGUCUCUGUUUUGGGUAAACCAAACUAAGUAAAACUUGCUCGCUGGAGCCUGGACCAGCAUAUGGAGUUACAGGUUUUCCAGUGCCAGUAAUGUUUGCUGCUAUGGAACAAACUGCUGCUGUUUCAAACGGGGGUAGUACUGGGCCCUAACCCAGGAACAGGAAGGUUCACGUCCAGCUAAUCCUGGCUGCUAGAAGCUUAUUUUUAGUUCAGAAUUAGCUGAGGUUCAGCAUGAGCGGUGUGAGGGAGCGAAGAACAGUUCACAGUGCCUCUUUCAGGGACCAGCGUCAAAUGAUAUGGGAAAGAAACAAGUGUGCCCGCCUCGUGCCCUUCCUCCAGUGCCAAGUGGAAACCAAGAUGAAAUUCCACUCAGUCGUCCCAAAAAAAGGAAACCCAAAGGAAAAACUCCGUUAGAUGGCAUCGUCCAAGCAGCUGUUCGUCGGCAGUCUGAAAGCAGUGAGCCCCUAACUCCUGAACCUCAGGAUGUCCCUCCUCAGAGGAAACGCAAGAAGAAGAAAAUACCUACUGAUUCUGAGACCUCCUUUACCCAGCAAAAUGUUGCAUCCUUAUUUCAGAAUGGAAAUGGCAUGGAUGUCCCUGAAGCUGAAGAAACAGUGAUCCGCAAACAGAGAAAAAAAACAAAGAGACCUCGGCCAGCUGAAACACACAGUUCCAAUGAGUUGGAAGUGGAGGAGGAAGACAUCAUUGAAGACGAGCACAGAAAGAGCCCAGAUCAGCAGCCUGUGUUUGCUGCUCCCACUGGAAUUAGCCAGCCUGUUAGCAAAGUGUUUGUUGAAAAAAAUCGGCGUUUUCAGGCAGCUGACCGUGCAGAAUUGAUUAAAACCACUGAAAAUAUCAAUGUACUUAUGGAUGUGAAGGCUUCAUGGACUACCAGAGAUGUUGCCCUCUCAGUGCACCGAAGUUUCAGGGUUAUCGGACUCUUUACCCAUGGCUUCCUUGCUGGGUAUGCAGUAUGGAACAUCAUUGUUAUCUACAUUUUGGCAGGAAAUCAACUUUCCACAGUUUCUAACCUGCUCCAACAGUAUAAGACACUAGCAUACCCAGCUCAAAGUUUGUUCUAUUUGUUGCUGUCUAUCAGUACAGUCUCAGCCUUUGACAGGAUUGAUUUGGCGAAAGCAUCAGUUGCACUGAGGGGCUUUCUUACCCUAGACCCAGCAGCAGUAUCCUCUUUCUUGUACUUUGCUGCUCUUAUCUUAUCCUUAAGCCAGCAGAUGACAUGUGACAGAAUUAAUCUCUACACACCACCUUCAGAAAAUGGCAGCAUCUGGAUGGCAGGUACAGAGGAAGAAAUUGUUCAGCCGUGGAUUGUAGUGAACCUGGUAGUGUCUAUUCUAGUUGGGGCAAGUUGGAUCUUCUUGUCUUACCGACCAGAGCUAGACCACAGUGAAGAACUGAUGUUUCAUGCUGAAAUUGAGGAAUUUCCUCAGGGAGAUAUCAUACCCAGAGUCCAGCCGUAGUGUGGAACCAAGCAUCUGCAAAUACUGUAGCUGUGACUGAUGGCUCAACAUGAUGUGUAUUAUAGCCAUGUAUUAUAACUUUCAUAAAGAAAAAAGUGUAUUUUUAUAUUGUAUAUAUUUGAUUUUGAUCUUUUUAUGUAUGCUACAAUUUCCAAAUGUUAUUGAAAACUUUUAUACUUUUGCUUUUUAUUUUGGAAAGUAGAUUAUCUCUAGAGCAUAAAGUCAUUGUGAUAUUGUAAAUAUUGCUACCUCUAUAGCCAAAGAAAUUAGAUGGAUGCAGAAGAUCAGGUAUUCACUGCUUUUUUGACUGCUGUACAGUUUUCAACAACCUGCUUUUGUUACUAAUGGUGAUAGCAGUUGGCUUACCUGAUUUUGCUAAAUAUUCUCUAGAGAUUAAAACAAAUCUUACGAAGAAAGUAGUCUAAGGAAGGUUAUAACAAAACAGUAAAUGUAAAAAACACAAUGUUAGUAAGCAUAAAAUAAUUUGGGUUUAGUUGUCAUAUAAAGUAUUUGCUAGAAUAAGGGAUUGGAUUGUCAGGGGUUUUUUUUUAUAGUUCCUUAAAAGAGAACACUUUAUUUUUCUUCAUUUAGUUCUCUUGACAAAGAGUUUCAUAAUAACAAGUUCUUUCAAGUUGACAUAGAUACAAGAAACAAAAGUUUUAAUGUUGCAACAACUUGGUCAGCUAAUGAAUACCUAAAUACAUCUUUUAAUCAAGCAGAUUGUUUUUGGGUUGCCAAUACGAUCUAUGUACAGCCUGUAAUUUCUCAACAGUCAGGGUGCAUAACUAUUACAAAGCCAUUCAGAGGAGUGGUAGUGCAGUUUCUCCUUAUCUUGUAUGGCAAGAGUAUUAUUUCCUGCUCUUUCUAAAGAAACUUAGAUUUCAGACAUGUUAAAAAUAUUCUUACUUCUUGGAUGGAGUCUUUCUUGAUGGAGAUUGUUUUCCUUCAAAAGGAUGUUUGUUGUGUUAGGAUAGAAUGGGAAACUUCUUACUAAAAUUGCAAGAAAAUGCUUCCUAAAGCAAACCAAAAACUCUGCAGCAACCCACCUUCUAUGUACUGACGUAGGAGUAAUAGUGGUGCUUGGUGGGGUUUGAUGAUGAUAGCCAACAUUCUUUUUCUUUAAUAUUAAAGUGGCAAAAUGAAAGCAUUGCUGAUGUGUAUAAAUACAGAUGUAUUGCAGGAUGAAACAAUCUCCUUAGUAGACAUAUAAAAAGCUAGUUUGAAAUCCAUUUCUCAAGACAGUAUCACCUAAAGCCCCAAGCCUAUUUGUGCACGUUAUUUAAUAUGUAUUGGUUUUGAUUGUUUUAUUUAACGUGUGUGUCUAAGUGUGGUUGUAAAGGGUGUGCAGUUGUCAAAGUUCCCUGGGGAAUUACUGUACUUUCUAGUAGUGAAGAGUAGCCAGAUAAAAGACUUGAAGAGGGAUGUUAAAGAGCCAGUAACUUUCAAUUCUAGUUACCCAAGUUGUUUUAAAACAAGGAUAGGAACAUGAAUAACCAGGGCUGCUGCUGCUCUGUUGAUGACUUGAGUUUUGUUAUGCCCACCCAGCAAAUUUAAGUAAUUCAAAAAUUCAGUGUUCAUGGCAUUUUAAAAUGCUGUGGUAAUCUUGAAGGGGAAAAAAAAGUUCUACCAGAAUUGAAAGAUGUUCCACAGCUGUUGGCUGCAUUCUGGGGCAUUCACUUUUGUCGUGGGAAGGAGAUGUUAGCCUUUGUUUGUAAAUUGUUAUGGCUCUUUUAUAUGUAUUCUUGCAAAACUGUGGAGCUAAAUUAUGGCUGGCACUGUGCAUUAAAAUGGAGAGAUUCAGGGUGGUGUUCCCCUUCAGUGUUGCACUGGAGGCUCUUGUUAUCAUUUGGCUGUAGGAGACGGUGGAAUAUACACUACUUAAGUGAUACAAUGUAGGUUGCCACCACACUUUCUCCAGAUGCGGUGUAUUUGAUUUACAGAAUUGUUGAGCUCCUGAAGAUGAGAUUAAUAAUGGCUUCUCUUUGCUGCUUGACAUUUCUGGCACCUUGGCAUGGUAAGAACUGAAAUUUUACCCCUAAAGAACAGAGCUCAGGCAAAACUGUGCUAAGGCAUCAAAUCAGUACAGGAAAAACUUGAAUAACAUCUUUGCUUGAUUUCUGACAUUAUUGCUAGAAAUUGGCCUUCCAAGUAUCCCUUGGACAAAGUGAUGGUAGCCAAGAGUCAGACUCAUUCUUACUGUGAAAUACAGUAGUUUGUUUAGAUGGCUGAGCAGGGAUUAAGUUAAUGAACUUAAUGGCAUCGAUAUUUCAAACCAGGUUUGCCUUUCCAGUGUAUCUUUUUGGGAGGGACUGAAUAUAUGCAUAUUUAAAUUAAUGAGGUUUGAGGUUGCCAUUUAAAAUCACACUUAACUUGAUGACUAACUCUCUGUUUUACAAAGUACUUUCCAUUCCAUUAAGCCUCACAAUGGAAUAUGAGUUUAACUGAGCUUUUUUGUUUAUUUACUUGGAAAGUUUUAGAACAAGUUUACAAAAUAGAUGUUUAAUUACAGAAAAUGCAAUAUCUGUAGAAGCCUUAACUGAAAUGCCUUUGUGCAUUUCCAUACCACUGUUUUUAAUGCAGAAUUUUGUGUUAAUGAAAAAUUUACAAAGAUGUUAGUGCCAAUUUCUUGUUUUUAUGUAUGUGAAACAAACAACUGCUCUAAACUAGUUAGAAAUUAUUGUGCUACUUUGUCCUGUUUCCAAAUGAUUAGUCUGUUUACAAUAAAUCAGUCUGGCUAACUUUU